GCGCCUUAAAAGCUGCGCGCGCGCGGCGUCUGGAGCUCAGUCUGUGCCAGUGGAGACUGCGUGGAGACUGUUUGUAGCAGAACUUUGCCGGAUCUUUUGUUCUCUCAGGAGGAGAACCAUGAGGCUGAUCCAGAACAUGACGACCAUCACGGAGUUCUGCGCUCCGGAGAACCAGCCGCUCAGCCGGGUCAUUAAGAUCGCUGUCGUAGGGGGAAGCGGAGUGGGGAAGACGGCGCUGGUGGUGAGGUUCCUGACCAGGCGCUUCAUUGGAGACUACGAGAGAAAUGCUGGUAAUCUGUACUCCAGAGAAGUUCAGGUGGACGGAGAACAAGUCACCAUUCAGGUUCAGGACACGCCUGGGGGAGAGAUGACUAAUAACGGCGUCAAGCUGCCUGACCAUGUGACCUGCUCCAUCCAGUGGGCGGAUGCUGUGGUGCUGGUUUACUCUGUGACAGACCGCCGCAGUUUUGAUCUGAUCAGUCAGCUGCACCAGCUGGUUGUCCGGGCAGGAGGCGCCAUUGUGCCCCCUGUGAUCCUGCUGGCCAACAAAGCUGACCUGUUGCACCUGAGGAGAGUGGACUCCCAGCAGGGCCCCCUCCUGGCUGGAGCCCUGGGAUGCUCCUUCUAUGAAGUGUCCGCCAGCGAGGACUACAACCAAGUGCACGGAGCGUUCCACAGGCUCUGCUGCCAGCUGGCCAAGCAGCCCCCCGCCCCAUCCAGCUCGCCACACACUGGCGCCAGCGCUGCCCCAGAGAAGAGACGCUCACCACUCAUCCCCCGGCCCAAAUCCCCCAAUAUGCAGGACCUGAAGAGGCGCUUCAAGCAGGCGCUGUCGGCUAAAGUCAGGACUGUCACCUCGGUGUGAAGGGAGCUGAGAGGUGAUCUGGACCGGUCAGAGUUAAGAUUCAUGCUUCUCCACUGAAGCGGAGAGGGCAGACGAGGCAUGAACAGUCAGCAGGAAGGAGACGCGGCUUGUCGGGGAGGAGCCCACCGUGUCAGAUGGAAGACAUCCUGGGGGGAGGUUCAACAUCAGCUGAGGAGGAGAGGAGCAGCUGAAGGUGUGGAACCCAGGUCUGACUGAGCUUCGUUACAAACUGUCCCUGAGGCUCUCCUGGCAUGGGGAUGCAGUGUGUUGGCAUGGGGGUGUCUGUGGCAGCUCUUCAGACUGCCUGGAGUCGUACCAGCAUCUUCACCCAGAGCUGUGAUGUCAGCAUCUCAUGUGUAAAUAUGGUGUUUGUAUUUUGCAGCUCCACCAUGGGAGAAGAGAUGUAGCAUAUGUUGGUCACGACCACUAUUGCACUUUAUACAAAUGUAAAUGUCCAGAGGGCCUAGUCUUAUUUAUUUGGUUACAAUUUUGUGCAUAAUAAAUGUUUCAAAACAAA